UGUUGAAUUCUCAGUCCAAUAACAUAUAUAAAUUAUAAAAAAAACCCCGAAAAUAUUACAUUUUUUCGAGCUUUAACGAGCCGAACUCGAGCCGAACGAGCUCGAGCCGAGCUCGAGCCGAGCUCGAGCCGAACAUACUAAAAGCUCGGCUCGAGCUCGUUUACUUAACGAACAAUUUUUUGUGUUCGAGCUCGAGCUCGUUAACUUAACGAGCCGAGCCGAACGAGCUCUUAACGAGCCGAGCUCGAGCUUGUUCGCGAACAGCUCGGUUCGUUAAACAGCCCUAUGUCCCCUCUUGUCCUUUCCUCUCCUGCAUAAUUAUCUCUCUGCAAUCCUGGCAUGCCCAUGACUUGCAUGAAAUAAUUAAUGGGUCUUCCUCUGUUUUCACUCCUCUCCUAGCUAGCUUCUUCUCUUCAACUAGCAACUGCUGAUGCACAGACACUAAAGAGCCCAAUCAUACACAUUUACUAGAGGUGAAUGGGAGGAGAUAGACACAUAGUAGUAGCGCCAAGUGUAGCUCCAUUCAGUUCAGUUGCAGUGGUGGAAAGACAGGAGCAUUUGAGCAAUUUUGAUAGCACUGUGAAUGCUCUCUCCUUUGGCUUUGUGGCUACUGCUGUUCUCAUUCUCAUGUUUCUUGUUAUGGCCAUUUUUGAGAGGUUUCUACGUCCCAGAUCUUCUUCCUCCUCCACUCGCAACCCCCGUGAUCUCGAGGCUCAGAUCAUCAAACUUGAUUACCCUUCUCCUAAAAUGAGUAUUUAUGCCAAAGGCGUGUCAGUGUUGAUGCCGGGCGAAGAAAUCCCAACUUUCAUUGCACAUCCUGCUCCUGCACCGUGCCAUCCUCCUCCUGAGCUCGUCUCUCGGCCUCUCCAUGAAUGUAGUGUAAUUUCCAUUCCAUCUACAGGUUUAGCUGCUAGCUAGGAGCUUUAGUUCACAGAAACAUUACAAGAAAAUGAUCAGAAAGCUUGAUGCCAUAUGUAUGCGCUUACCUCCAUGUUAAUAGGUAGCAAGAACACACUGAUUAAAGUUGUUUUGCAAUAGUUUGGUAAUAA